GAGUAACUAAAAAUUAAAAGAAAUUGGUAAUUAAAAGCUGUGCAUUGUGCGAAGAAAAGUUUUAACAAUUAAAAAUUAGAUCAACUGAUAAUUAGAUAUCGACUGCAGAGAUAUCAAAAUGGGUUCACUAUUUCGUAGCGAGGAGAUGGCACUCUGUCAGCUCUUCCUACAGAGCGAGGCGGCCUAUGCCUGCGUCUCAGAGCUCGGCGAGCUUGGACUGGUUCAAUUUCGCGAUCUUAAUCCGGACGUCAAUGCAUUUCAACGCAAAUUUGUAAAUGAGGUGCGCCGUUGCGAUGAGAUGGAGCGUAAACUUCGUUACCUGGAAAAGGAGAUCAAGAAGGAUGGCAUACCCAUGCUGGACACCGGCGAGAGCCCCGAGGCGCCACAGCCUCGUGAAAUGAUUGAUUUGGAGGCCACCUUCGAGAAGCUUGAGAACGAGCUGCGUGAAGUCAAUCAAAAUGCGGAAGCAUUAAAGCGCAACUUUCUGGAGCUGACCGAGCUGAAGCAUAUACUGCGCAAGACGCAGGUUUUCUUCGACGAGUCGGUGCCAAUGGUUUACAAAUCCACGUCCACACAUUCAUCAAACAAAUAUCGACGCUAUCUGCAGAUGGCUGACAACCAGAACGAGGAUGAGCAAGCGCAGCUGUUGGGCGAGGAGGGCGUGCGCGCCAAUCAGCCUGGCCAAAAUUUAAAGCUUGGCUUUGUGGCCGGUGUCAUUUCGAGGGAGAAGCUGCCGGCCUUUGAGCGGAUGCUGUGGCGUGCUUGUCGUGGCAAUGUGUUUCUUCGGCAAGCCAUGAUUGAAUCGCCGCUGGAAGAUCCUACAAAUGGCGAUCAGGUGUACAAGUCGGUGUUCAUAAUUUUCUUUCAAGGGGAUCAGCUGAAAACGCGUGUAAAGAAGAUUUGCGAGGGUUUCCGCGCCACACUCUAUCCGUGCCCGGAAGCGCCGGCCGAUCGUCGGGAAAUGGCCAUGGGCGUUAUGACACGUAUAGAGGAUCUGAACACGGUGCUUGGCCAGACACAGGAUCAUCGUCAUCGUGUCCUGGUUGCAGCUGCCAAGAACUUGAAGAACUGGUUCGUCAAGGUGCGCAAAAUCAAGGCCAUCUAUCAUACGCUGAAUCUCUUCAAUCUGGAUGUGACCCAAAAGUGCCUCAUCGCUGAGUGCUGGGUCCCGCUGUUGGACAUUGAGACCAUACAGUUGGCGCUGCGACGUGGCACAGAGCGUUCGGGUUCGUCGGUGCCUCCGAUUUUAAAUCGCAUGCAAACAUUCGAGAAUCCUCCUACGUAUAAUCGAACCAACAAGUUUACCAAAGCAUUUCAAGCACUAAUUGACGCAUACGGCGUAGCUAGCUAUCGAGAGAUGAAUCCGGCACCCUAUACUAUAAUAACUUUCCCAUUUCUGUUCGCUGUCAUGUUCGGCGAUUUGGGACAUGGAGCGAUAAUGGCGCUAUUUGGACUUUGGAUGAUACGGAAAGAGAAGGGCUUGGCUGCUCAAAAAACGGACAACGAGAUUUGGAACAUUUUCUUUGGUGGGCGCUACAUAAUUUUCCUUAUGGGCGUAUUUUCCAUGUACACCGGUUUGAUCUACAAUGACAUCUUCUCCAAGUCGCUUAACAUAUUCGGCUCGCAUUGGCAUCUUUCGUACAACAAGUCAACUGUUUGGAAUAAUAACUAUUUGCAAUUGAGUCCAGCUACCAGCGACUACGAGGGCACACCAUAUCCAUUUGGAAUGGAUCCCAUUUGGCAGGUGGCCUCGUCCAAUAAGAUUGUUUUUCAAAAUGCUUAUAAGAUGAAGAUCUCUAUAAUAUUCGGGGUGUUGCACAUGAUCUUUGGCGUCAUCAUGAGCUGGCACAAUCAUACAUACUUCCGUAAUCGGCUCUCGCUUAUCUACGAGUUCAUCCCACAGCUUUUGUUCCUGGUGGUCCUCUUCUUCUACCUGGUGCUGCUUAUGUUUAUUAAAUGGAAUCGCUAUUCAGCCAAAAAUGAUUUCCCCAUGACCGAGGCCUGCGCACCAUCCAUUCUGAUAACAUUCAUUGAUAUGGUUCUGUUUAAAAGUUCCAAGGCACCGGGUAAAGACUGCAACGUGCAUAUGUUUGCUGGGCAAUCCUUUUUCCAGACCAUCUUUGUUUUAAUUGCGCUCGCCUGUAUACCGGUCAUGUUGCUUGGCAAGCCGAUCAAGAUAAUGCAAGCGCGGAAACUGGCUAACGAAGAGGUGCAGCCCAUAACUGGCUCAUCGGAUGCAGAAGUCGGCGGAAUGUCAAAUGGCGGCGGCUCACAUGGAGGUGGCGGCGAACAUCACGACGAGGAGGAAAUGUCAGAAAUAUUCAUACAUCAGGGAAUCCAUACCAUAGAGUACGUUCUUGGUUCGGUUUCCCACACUGCAUCUUAUUUACGUUUGUGGGCGCUUUCAUUGGCACAUGCCCAACUUGCUGAAGUCUUGUGGAGCAUGGUGUUGUCUUUGGGUUUAAAUAAGGAGGGCUGGCUUGGCGGCAUAUUUUUGACCGUUGUCUUUGCCUUCUGGGCUGUUUUGACCGUUGGCAUUCUAGUUUUGAUGGAGGGUCUUUCAGCAUUUCUGCACACACUGCGUCUACACUGGGUGGAGUUCCAGAGCAAAUUCUAUAUGGGCCACGGCUAUGCUUUUCAACCGUUUUCAUUUGAUACCAUCAUUGAAAAUGGAACCGCAGCCACUGGUGAGACCGAAUAGACGGUCUGCA